AUGAAUGCUAUAGAGUUUGAGUCCUCGAAAUUGGGCUCGAAGGAGCACUGGGACUCAGUCUACGCUAGAGAACUAGCUUCGUUUCGAGAAAUUGGCGAUGAAGGCGAGAUCUGGUUCAUCUUUCAACCGUUUGGGGAAGAAAGCAUGUAUAAGAUGGUUCAGUGGACCGCUGAACACGUCCCAUACUCCGACAAUCCAACGAUUCUUGAAAUAGGUAGCGGGAACGGCACACUGCUCUUCACCCUUCACGAGGAAGAACAUUACUCUCCCAAACGACUUUGUGGUAUUGAUUACAGCUCAGAUGCUGUUGAACUGGCAAAAAGUAUAGCCCUGCAACGGGGCGCGCAGGAGAUUAUUUUCGACACCUGUGAUUUCUUGAUGCAAGAUCCCCCUUCCAUCUCACAGGAGCAUCAAAGUUCUCGGCGGAUAGACUCCUGGGAUCUCCUCUUAGAUAAGGGAACGUACGAUGCAAUCGCACUAGGAGAGAAGGAUGAGCUAGGUAGACCACCCGUCUUUCAGUACCCUUCUCGAGUAGGGAGAUUGUUGAAACCUGGCGGAUUUUUUCUGAUUACUUCAUGUAAUUUUACUGAGGAAGAGCUCAAGACCAAUUUCGCAACGCAAGACAGCGGUCUCGUUUAUCAUUCAAGCAUCAAGUAUCCCACAUUCACGUUCGGCGGGCAAAACGGCGCAAAGUACUCCAGUGUGGCAUUCCAAAAGAUAACUCGGUAA